GGAAUUAUUUGAUCAAGGCUGCUUUUAAACCCAGAGCAUGGGGAAGAGGCUGAGUCUGGGAAGGUUGUGCAAAAUGACAGCUUUCCCAAGAGAGGCUUGCUGAAGGUUUUCUCUUUCAACAACAGUAGCUUCAUCAUUUAAAACUCUCUCCAGUUGCUGUGCUGCUAAAGUGCAUUUUUUAUUGGAUUUUUAAAAAAACUAUCUUAAAACAGCACUUCUGAGAACACUUCUUUUCUGCCUUUGCAUUUCUGGAUACAUUGAAACAUAUACUAGCAUUGCCUUUUGUUCCAGUUAAUUGGGGUGACGUUAAAAUAACACUUUUGACACUUUUUGCUCUCUCUUUUUGGUGCUUUUUUUUUUUUUUUUGGCCUUGUACAGCUUGUUAACACAUGGAGAAAAAAGCUAUUCAGUUCGUCCUUGUUUCAUGUUUACAAACACACUCAGUGCUGGUGUAAAUGACUGCUGCUGCCUCCCAGACCAAGAUAACCUGCUCAGUCAGCUGGAGCCCCCUGUGGACAGCUGUCUCUCUUUCAGCUGAUGGAAACUGCUACUAACCACUGAAUGGGGGAGAGUGGAGUAUCACCCACAGUACCAGCAGCCGCCGAAACAGCAACGGCUGCAGCAGCAGCAGCAGUGACGGCAGCAAGCAGUAAGGGCUCUAUUGUUCCCUGGUGUUAAACAGUUUUUCCUUUUCAACUACACAAUAGCUGGAAAGCCAUUUCCAUCCUGCCCUCCCUGUGAAGAAAUUCUGAAGGGGAGAAAAAUUACUCACGCAAGGGUUAUCCAUUGUGCUGCAGAUUUUGACACGGAAGCAGGCUUCUCUGGAAGGCAUGGGGCUGGGAGAGAAGAGCACAGCUUCAGUCGGUGGUCCAGGGGCUCCUGUUCUUUCACUCAAAUGUAUUGGAGUGCUGAUGGUUCUUCUGCUUGGAAUCUGGGAAGCUAAGACGCAAAGUGAAUUUGAAACUUCAUCUGUGUAUUUAUGGAAGACUGGUCCAUGGGGCAGAUGUAUGGGAGAUGAAUGUGGCCCAGGAGGCAUCCAGACGCGGGCAAUCUGGUGCGCCCAUGUGGAAGGCUGGACCACGCUGCUCACAAACUGCAAGCAGGCAGAGAGGCCUGACAACCAGCAAAACUGCUUCAGGGUUUGUGACUGGCACAAGGAACUGUAUGACUGGCAACUGGGCAACUGGAAUCAGUGCCAGCCAGUCCUUUCAAAGAGCAUUGAAAAACCAGCGGAGUGCGUCAGAGGGGAGGAAGGGAUUCAGACGCGGGAUGUAAUGUGUGUCCAGAAAUCCAAUGGGGUUGUAGCCGAGGACACUAUAUGUGAGUACUUUGAGCCGAAGCCUCAGCUGGAACAGGGGUGCCUCAUCCCCUGCCGGCAGGAUUGCAUUGUGGCCGAGUUCUCGGCCUGGUCUGAGUGCUCCAAGAGCUGUGGGAAAGGGCUGAAGCAUCGUUCUCGCCACAUUGUUGCCCCACCUCAGUAUGGGGGCUCUGCCUGUCCUAACCUGACUGAAUUUCAGGUGUGCAGCUCUUCGCCAUGUACCACUGAAGAAAGCCUGUAUAGUUUGAAUGUGGGGCCAUGGAGUGCGUGUUCAGUACCCCACUCACGGCACAUAAGGCAGGCGAGGAAACGUGGGAAGAACAAAGAGAAAGACAAGGACAAGGACAAAGAGAAAACAAUAAGGGAUCCAGAGGCCCGUGAGCUUAUCAAGAAAAAGAGGAAUCGCAACAGACAGAACAGGCAAGAGAACAAAUAUUGGGACAUACAAAUUGGAUACCAGACGAGGCAGGUGAUGUGCACUCACAGGAACGGGAAAACUGUGGCCUUAAGCUUUUGCCAACAAGAGAAAUUGCCAAUUACCUUCCAGUCGUGUGUGAUCACUAAGGAAUGCCAGGUGUCAGAAUGGUCUGAAUGGAGCCCGUGUUCCAAAACAUGUUUUGAUAUGACAUCCCCCAAAGGCAAUCGAACAAGAGCACGGACCAUUAAGCAAUUUCCUAUUGGCAAUGAAAAUGAGUGCCCAGAACUAGAAGAAAUGGAGCAGUGUGUGUCUCAAGGUGAUGGUGUGGCUCCAUGUAUCACGUAUGGGUGGAGAACCACAGAGUGGACAGAAUGCCACAUUGACCCUUUACUUAGCCAGCAGGAUAAACGACGAGGAAACCAAACCGCUCUCUGUGGAGGUGGGAUUCAGACUCGGGAGAUAUAUUGUGUGCAAGCUAAUGAAAAUCUCCUCUCCUAUUUAAAUACGCUAAAGGAAAAAGAAGAAAGUCAGUCACAGAGCACAUCGAAGGCUAGUGCUGCGCCACUUCUAUCAAUCACUUUUGAAAUAACAGCAUCCAAACCUGUGGAUUGGAAGCUGUGCACAGGCCCUACACCUAGCACUACUCAGUUGUGCAAUAUCCCAUGUCCCAUCGAAUGUGAGGUAUCAGUCUGGUCAGCGUGGGGACCAUGUACAUUUGAAAGCUGUGAUGACCAACAAGCCAAAAAGGGUUUUAAACUAAGAAAACGGCGCAUCACAAAUGAGCCCACAGGAGGUACUGGCAACUGCCCUCAUCUGCUUGAAGCCAUCCCGUGUGAAGAGCCUUCCUGCUAUGACUGGAGAAUAGUAAGACUGGAAGAAUGCAUUCCUGACAACGAGAAGGAGUGUGGCCCUGGUACCCAGGUUCCACAGGUGGUCUGCAUCAACAGUGAUGGAGAAGAGGUUGAUAGACAGCUGUGUAGAGAUGCUAUCUAUCCUGUUCCCAUCGUCUGCGAAGUUCCAUGCCCAAAGGAUUGUGUUCUCAGCACAUGGUCUGGAUGGUCCUCCUGCUCCCACACCUGCUCAGGCAAAAACACUGAAGGAAAACAGAUGCGUGCCCGCUCUGUCUUGGCAUAUGCCGGUGAAGGAGGACUUCAGUGCCCCAAUAGCAGCAUGUUGCAAGAAACGAGAAACUGCAAUGAACAUCCUUGCACAGUGUACCACUGGCAGACAGGAUCUUGGGGCCAGUGUAUAGAGGAUGUCUCUGUGUCAGCAUUCAACUCUUCUGCUGGCUGGAAUGGGGAGGCCACCUGUGCCGUUGGGAUGCAGACAAGGAAAGUCAUCUGUGUGAGGGUCAACGUGGGACAAGUGGGACCCAAAAAGUGUCCUGAAAGCCUUCGUCCUGAGACAGUUAGACCUUGCUUGCUUCCCUGUAGAAAAGAUUGCAUUGUGACUCCUUACAGUGAUUGGACAUCAUGCCCUUCAUCUUGUCAAGAAGGAGAUGUCACUGUAACAAAACAAUCUCGGCAUCGAGUCAUCUUGCAGCUCCCAGCAAAUGGUGGCCGUGACUGCCCGGAUACUUUGUAUGAAGAAAAGGAUUGUGAACCUCCUCCUGUUUGUUCAUUUUACAGGUGGAAGACUCACAAAUGGCGCAAGUGUCAGUUAGUACCAUGGUAUGUUCGUCAAGACAGUCCAGGUGCCCAAGAGACAUGUGGCCCUGGUCUACAAGCAAGAGCAAUUACUUGUCGCAGGCAAGAUGGUGGACAGGCUGACAUCAGUGAGUGCCUUAAAUAUGCAGGCUCUUUACCACCCUUAACACAACUCUGCCAAAUCCCUUGCCAAGAUGACUGUCAGUUCACAAGCUGGUCGAAGUUCUCUUCUUGCAAUGGGGACUGUGGAGCAGUGAGGACAAGAAAGCGCUCUCUUAUAGGAAAAAGUAAGAAGAGGGAGAAAUGUAAAAAUUCCCAGCUUUAUCCACUAAUGGAGACCCAGUUCUGUCCAUGUGACAAGUAUAAUGCCCAGCCUGUGGGGAACUGGUCUGACUGUAUUUUACCAGAAGGCAAAGUGGAUUUACUGUUGGGAAUGAAAGUACAAGGAGACAUCAAAGAAUGUGGGCAAGGCUACCGUUACCAAGCCAUGGCUUGCUACGACCAAAAUAGUAGACUUGUUGAAACAUCUCGAUGCAACAGUCAUGGAUAUAUUGAAGAAGCCUGCAUCAUUCCAUGUCCCUCAGAUUGCAAGCUCAGUGAGUGGUCCAACUGGUCUCGCUGUAGUAAAUCCUGUGGCAGCGGAGUAAAAGUUAGAUCUAAAUGGCUCAGAGAGAAGCCCUACAAUGGUGGACGGCCCUGUCCCAAGUUGGAUCAUGUCAAUCAGGUCUACGAGGUAGUCCCAUGCCACAGUGACUGCAGCCAGUAUAUAGGUGUCACCGAACCAUGGAGUGUGUGCAAAGUGACUAAUGUGGACUUAAAGGUGAACUGCGGAGAGGGUGUGCAAACCAGAAAAGUGAGAUGCAUGCAAAACACCGUGGAUGGUCCUUCCGACAUUGUUGAAGACUACCUCUGUGACCAAGAGGAGAUGCCUCUCGGUGCUAGACAGUGCACGUUGCCAUGCCCAGAAGACUGUGUGAUGUCUGAAUGGGGCCAGUGGUCUAGGUGUUCCUUGCCGUGCAAUGGAAGCAAUGUGAGGGAGCGCUCAGCAGAACUCAUGAGGCGGCCUCAAGAAGGAAAGGCCUGUCCUCCCGCCAUGCAGACAGAACCCUGCAGCCUGAACAAAAACUGCUACCACUAUGACUACAAUGUGACAGAUUGGAGUACAUGUCAGCUAAGUGAGAAAGCUGUCUGCGGUAAUGGGAUCAAAACGAGAAUGCUUGAUUGUGUCCGCAGUGAUGGCAAGUCAGUUGACCUGAAGUACUGUGAAGAGCUUGGCUUGGAAAAGACCUGGCAUAUGAAUAUGUCCUGUGUGGUGGAAUGCCCAGUGAACUGUCAGCUCUCGGACUGGUCUUCAUGGUCGGAGUGUUCUCAGACCUGUGGCCUUGCUGGGAAGAUGAUACGAAGGAGAACUAUUAUCCAACCCUUCCAAGGUGACGGGAGACCUUGUCCUUCACAAAUGGAGCAAUUCAAACCCUGCCCAGUAAAACCUUGUUAUCGAUGGCAAUAUAGUCAAUGGGCUGAAUGCAAGGUUGAGGAUGCCCAGUGUGGAGAAGGGACCAGAGUAAGGAAUAUUUCCUGUAUGGUCUAUGAUGGAUCCAAGGAUGACAGUGGCAAAAUAGUGGAUGAAGAAUUCUGUGGGGAAAUUGAACCUGUUUUUGAUGGCAAUAAGAAAGUAGUGCUUGAAGAAACGUGCACCCUACCUUGUCCAGGUGAUUGUUAUUUAAAAGAGUGGUCAGAAUGGAGCCUUUGUCAGUUGACCUGUGUGAAUGGUGAAGAUCUUGGCUUUGGAGGAAUACAAGUUCGAUCACGCGCAGUGAUAAUUCAGGACCUGGACAAUCAACACCUCUGUCCAGAGCAGGCUUUGGAAACAAGACAAUGCAAUGAUGGCCAGUGUUAUGAAUACAAAUGGAUGGCCAGCCCAUGGAAAGGGUCUUCUCGGACAGUAUGGUGCCAAAGGUCAGAUGGUUUGAACGUUACAGGAGGCUGUUUAGUGAUGCACCAACCAGAUGUUGACAGGUCAUGUAAGCCACCAUGCAGCCAGCCCCAUUCUUACUGUAGUGAGAUUAGAACAUGUGCUUGUGAAGAAGGGUACACAGAAGUAACAUCCUCUAAUGGCACACUUGAGCAAUGCACUCUCAUCCCGGUGGUAGCCAUCCCCACAGUGGAGGACAAAAAGGGAGAUGUAAAAACCAGUAGAGCUGUGAACCCUACGCAGCCAGCCACUACCCAGUCAGGACGAGGAAGGACUUGGUUUCUGCAACCAAUGGGACCAGAUGGGAAGCUGAAGACCUGGGUUUAUGGUGUAGCCGCUGGUGCAUUUGUUUUGCUCAUCUUUAUUUUUUCUAUGAUCUAUCUAGCCUGCAAAAAGCCAAAGAAGCCACAGAGAAGACAGAACAACCGUCUGAAACCUUUAACACUGGCUUACGAUGGAGAUGCGGACAUGUAAAAUAUGACUUCCCAUUGACCUUAGUCUCUUGAAACUGUAGUGUUCAAAAACAGCAUGUACAUUACAGAGCAGAUGUUACACCACAAGACAAAAACAAAACAAAAACCCUCAUAAUGGCCAAGGAUAUUCCAAGAAACAUGCUUUGUUCUAGACCAUCAAUCAGUACAGCAGAUUCUGGUGACAAAUUUCUAUUGUAAGCACAGCAGCUGGAAAUGUUAACAAGGCCUUCUUUGAAACUUAUGAAUGGUAUAGCCACUUGGGUCUCCAGCCUACUGUAUAUGACCUAGUAUUGACAUCUGAAAGUUGUGAUUCCAGAACUAUCUGCUGCAUUAACCUAGUGUACUCAGUAAGCAUGAAGAGAUCAUACCACGAUGUCUAUAAUGCUUUAUAUCCAACUUAUAUACUCAGUUACACCACAUAUAUUAAUCUGUCAACUGGUAUACUGACUAAAGAGCAUUUUAGUGCUUCACAGCUUGUAAACAUUAACUGAGAGCAACAACAUUUUGAGCAAGUCUGGCAUUUUGGCAAUUGAAGGCAGCUUUUCUUAACCUGCUUUUCAAAUGGUGACAACUUGCAAGACUCUAUUCUACCACCAGUUCCAGGUACUAAAGCGCCAUACACAAUUAUCAAGGAAAGAAGCAUUUUCAAGUUCAAUAUUUUAUAGAGGAUGUCUGGAAAUUUAAUAUCCAUAUGUAAUGAGUUUUUACUUUCUCUAACUCUCAAAACUGUUGCCUGCAACUUUUUUGCUACAUGUAAGGCAAUUUUUGCACUAUAUUAGUGCAGCAUGAUAUGCACUUAUUAACUAGUAUUGCCAUAGAAACUGCCUCUUUUCAAAAAAGGAUAUUGGUGAGGUUGAUGCAUCUUUUGCAAACAGCAUCAAAUAGACAUUUACCAGUAUGUUCUUGAGUCUGAUGAGAGUAGAGAUCAGUUUCUGGACUGUGACUGGAUCAGACCAGCUAAUACAAGUACUGUUUAUACCAUUUCUUGUAAAAGCAGCUGUUUUGUAGUCAAAACCAUGGCAGUAUUGCAAGUGUCUACUUUCUGAUUCUGUCCUAAUUCUACAGAUAAUAGAUUUUUCAAGUUGAUUUCUAAUUACUUUGAAGGUUGUUUAUGACUAGAUUUUUAUAUUGCUAACUUUGUAAAAAAAAAAAGAAAAGAAAAAAGUGGUUGUCCUUUAAUCUUGGGGGAAAUGCUCAUUUAAGCAAUGUUCCAAAAUGCUCAGUGGAAAGAAUGCAAAAUAACUGUGUUUCUCCCACAAAUGGAAAGUGUUUCAUUGCUACAGAAUUUAUAGCCCUCUUCUGUUUCUACUUAAGAGAAUCCAGAUGCAUUCCUGAUUUAAAUUUUUCAACGAGACUCUUCAGGAUAAUGGUUAAUAUGGAAGAUACACACACUCAUACACACACAUCAUCAUUCAGCAAUCUAAACUACAUAAGGGAACUUUAAUGCACUCAGUUUUCCCCACCUAGAAUGGUUCCGCCAUUAAUUUCAGUGGACUGAGUGGAUCCAUUCAGUAAUUCCUUCCAAUGGGACUCCAUGCAUCACUCCUUGAGUACACUCAGACCACUAGAUUUGUGUGACUGUGUGCAGCAAUAUAAUACAACUAGUUAGAGCUGUCUGCAUUCCUAAUGAUGAAGCAUUCCAUUCCAAUGGGUUUUCAGCAAUUUCUUUCCAGAUGAAAGCUUGUUUGGUGCUAGCAGUCCACAACCUUGCCAAGAUAGGAUGCAAAUGACUUAGAGGUCACUCUUUGGCAAGGCUUUUAUAUCCAUCCAGAUCAAGAUUUCAACAGAGGAAUAAGCAAUAUAAUAAAUUGACCUUAUCAGGCAUUCUUUACCUAACAUGUUUAGUUCUGUACUGAUUUCUCAGGAAUGUAUCAAUAAAAUAAAGCAUUCUUUAUCCAGCUAAACACAUUUAUUUGGGAAGCAUCAGAUUUUAGCACAAGCAACUCUGUCUGUUCAUAUGUGCACUGAAAUCAAUAGCAUUAACUGUAGUUAACUGUAGUGGAAAUAAGUAAGUGCUUGAUAAGGGGUCACUAUUAAUCAAAAUAAACAAGGCAUUAACCUGGUUGCAAUUGCAGGUUAGCCCCCCUCCACAGCAACAUCUACAAUUCUUAAUAGAGUCAAAUUACCUGAUUGUCUAGUGCAGGGAUUCUCAAACUUGGGUCCUCAGGUGUUAUUGGACUUCAACUCCCAUAAUCCCCAGCCUCAGUGGCCUUUGGUUGGGGAUUAUGGGAGUUGAAGUCCAAUAACACCUGAGGACCCAAGUUUGAGAAUCACUGCUCUAGUGUCUACUUUGGGAUACCAGAGGUGCAAGCAGAAUCCUUCCCAGAAGCAAAGGCAGCACACACACUAAUGCAAGCAGAAGAAUAGGUUCAUUGUGUUCCUGUAGCACCAUUGGCCAGGGAGGACCAGAAGCAGGUGGAAGUGUAGUACUGCAGUUCUCCUACAAUUAACAAAAUCAAUUGUAUUAGUGUUGAAAAUGAGAGUUUUUACACAUGACUAAUCACAAUACAGAUCAUUAUUCCAUUUCAUACAUUAUCCUAAGACUUUUAGUUGGUCUUGUGCAUAAGCUUGGAAAGUUACUUACAAGCAGCUUUCAUUUUCUGAAUGAGAACUUUCUGAUAAGAAAGAUUAAUGGAAGCCAGAAUCUACCAAGGAACAAUUAUUCCCAAAACAAGAAUGUUUAUGGUAUGGGAGUUACCAUGAAAAACUCUUGCUGCCUAGCUUGUCAAAAUCAUGUUAGAGUCAUGGCCCUAAUCCAAUGUCUUAAGAUUCCCAAUGUCAGUAGCUGGACAUUCCCAAGCCUGAACAGGCAACCAUCACAACAAGCCUAAAUAAAUGAAUGAAAACUUCCAAUGACCUACUCAUACCCAGUAUGAGAUGAAUGGGUCAGAAUUCUCUAAAAGUAGCAAACAAAAAUAGAAGAUAGCCUUUUUGUCUUUAUAAUAUUGGGGUUUGGGGGACAACAUGUGGACUAGAACCACAUACACAAAUUGGUGCUGUGUAUGCAUAUCUUAACCCCCUCUAAUAUGGGAGCUGAACAUACUUUGCAUCAGUCAAAUAAUUUUAGUUCCAAACACAGGUAUCUUCUGCUUGAAUAGCUAACUGGUAUAAUCACAGGUCACCUGUCUAGGGCUACAAAUCUGCUGUAUCCCAAUGCAAGACGUGGUUGGAUCAGGGUUGCUGUAUGCAUAGAGCUAAGUUUCCAUAGGAAGUUGUCUCUGUGUACAGAAAUUGGUGUGUGCAACCUUCUAUAUAAAUUAUUGAAGAAAUUAUAGAGGACCUUCCUUUUAAAGAAGGGCUGCAUUAGUACACCCUUUUCAUAAACCUGCAGCUUAGUGCUUACAGCACCGUAUGCAGCACACAUAUACUCACACUGGCCUAUGUGAGUAAUGACAUUUGUACAGGUUAGGUGCUGGGAUGCCACACACACACCACCCAACUAUAUGAGAUUUCUGCACAUAGGAAGAUCUUCUUUCCAUAGAAUUUUAAGAAAGUGAAGCAGGUCUACUCACAUGCAACAUAAAGUGCCAGAGCAAUUGUAAGUAUAGUAAAAUAGAAAUUUGAUUUUGUGCCCCAGUGAGGAGCCUGAAUGAGAACAUUCAAGGUCUGAAUUCUUAUCAGUAAGAAAUUUUAUUUUUUACAUUUACUGGCAAAUUAUUAAAGGCAAAAUGAUGAGUAAUUUUGCCCUAUUUGAACUUUUCACUAGAAUGGCUUCAUAUGGUUGAAGAGGGGCAGACACACCCCUUGUGGGUGCUUCAUGUGGAGGCCUGUACACAAAAACAAAAACAAGAAGAAUUGGACCUGUGACUAUUGUCUACUAUUAGUAGCACAAAUUAUAGGGAAAAGGGGGAUUAUUCUAAGCAGCCUUGAGCAGAAGUUCUUUGCAAAGAUGCCUAAUAAGUGUAAACAUAAUACAUAUAAAAGACAGCUAAUUUGCUAUUAGACACUGACAGAACUGAUGGAGUAGUUAGUUGACCUCCAGUACAUUAAAACAUAUGCAUCUUAAUGCAAUGUACAUUAUGGGGUGUAAGAACUUAGAUGCAAAAAAGGUAGAGCCGGAAGGAUUUUCUUUCAUUGUAAAGAAAGAAUUAUUUUAAAUAUUUUUGGGAUAUGAAGAGGGCUACAGUUGCAGUCUGCAUUAUGUUAAAUCUAGAACUCAAAAAAGUAGUUUCGAAACUGUAAUUUAAAAACUAUCUGUAUAAAAUUAUGUUGCUUUGAACAUGUGUUUCUACAAAUCCAGUGCCUAAAGCAGCCACUACUGUAGAUUGUUUGUUUGUGAAAAUGUUUUUCAGUGAUCAACUAUGUUUAACCCAUUCCCAAAAUAGCAAACUAGGCAUUUUCUUCUUACUGUGGAAGUUGGUAAUUUUCUGUUUUAAAAUGGUGGAUUCUUAAAGAUUACUAUGUCUGCUUUGAGUCCUGGAAUCAUUUUUCCUCAACAUAUGGUUCUGCACAUGCCUGACUAUGUUUGUUACAGUCAUCAGCUUUAAAUUCCCCACCCCAUUACAGAAAUUUUAUGCAUCUUUUUCAAAUGCAACACUAUUCAAUUACUCAUUUCAAUAACCCUUGUAAACAGCACUGUUAAAAAAAAAAAAUCUCUGGAAGAAACAGAUCUGUCUUUUUUUCUCUCACCCAAAGUUAAAGAAUUUAUUUUGCCUAAAUUUAUUUACUUGAAUUUUUUUGUUUGUUUGUUAGAACAUGGAGGCGGCUGUCUGGGGAAUGUUUACCUUUUUGUUAAUUUGUACAUGGUGUAAUUCAUUUUUAUUUUUAAAAUUAUGUAUAUUUCUUUUUAAUGCACAAAAUGUUUACGUACAACUACAAAUUUGUGUAUAUUGUCACUGAGCUUUAUUCAGUUAAUACAGAUCACAUGUGAAAAUGUAAACAUUCUUACGUUUUCAUAUGGAAUAUUUGUACAUAACUGAGGUAAUGCAGACAAUAAAUAUUAACACAA